AUGGCUAGCGAAACUCGUCAAGUGGAUCUCACCGGCCUGGCCCAGAAAUGGGACGAAUCUCCCGAGAUCAGGCAAAGGCUUCGUAAAGGUGGCUCGCUGUUGCACCCCUCCUCGAAGGAUAAGGUCUUGAUUCGCACAGCUGCUUUGAACGGACCUGUGCUACAGCCUGUUUGUGAGAUGAUGGCUAAGCUGCAAGCAGUGAUGGAUGACGGUAAGAUCGCGCCUUCACCGGCGGUAGAGGCCCUGCGAGAAGAGGUGCAGGCACUCAUGGGCAUGGCAAAGCAGGAUGUGACCUUUCAGGAAAUUGACAAAGCAGCUUGGUCGGUUCGGAAGUACAUAGCUUUCUUGAAGCUGAAGAUCCGGAAGAGAGAAGUGUCCACGGAAGCUUUCCAGUAA